AUGUGGUCCAACAAGCGUUCUUCUCCCCCCGCGCCCAGUAGCCCAACCGAGGUGGAGGCUCCUGCGCCCGUAUCCUCCAGACAGAAGAACCCCGGUCGUCGCAUUGCCCAGAUUGUGAAGCUCAAGCCCGAGUUCAUCGACAAGUACAAGGAGGUCCACGCCAACGUCUGGCCUGAGGUGCUCAAGCAGAUCAAGGAGUGCAACAUUGUCGAUUACAGCAUUUGGCACGAGCCCGACUCACGCAUUCUGUUUGCGACCAUGAAGUACGUCGGCUACGACUUUGCCGGAGACAUGGAGAAGAUGAAGGAGAACCCCAAGGUCCGCGAAUGGUGGGCCAUGACCGACGGCUGGCAGGAGUCUCUGGUUCCCGGCGCGGUGAGCAGCGAAGCAGGCGAACCGGCGUGGUGGAAGCCCGUCGAGGAGGUCUUCUUCACGCCUUGA